AUGGGAUUUCGUUUGCACUACUCAGACGCUUGCACUUCACGUGAAGAGGACAAAGUAGAAGAAAAUGGGGUUGAAGAGGUUGCAGUGGACAAUACCAGAGAAACUGGAAUGGUUCAAGACAGAGGAUCGCAACUCCUUUACAAACGAACGUGCAGAGGAAGUAAAGCAGGGACUGUGGAGAGGGACAGGGCCGCCAUAAAACGAGCAGCAGAAGCUCGAACCCAGCCUAGGGAUCCUUGGACACUAAAGAAACCUGUCCCAAAAGUCACAAAAGAGAGANCUGGUUUGCACUACUCAGACCCUUGCACUUCACGUGAAGAGGAUAAAGUAGAAGAAAAUGAGGUUGAUGAGGUUGCAGUGGACAAUACCAGAGAAACUGGAAUGGUUCAAGACAGAGGAUCGCAACUCCUUUACAAACGAACGUGCAGAGGAAGUAAAGCAGGGACUGUGGAGAGGGACAGGGCCGCCAUAAAACGAGCAGCAGAAGCUCGAACCCAGCCUAGGGAUCCUUGGACACUAAAGAAACCUGUCCCAAAAGUCACAAAAGAGAGAUGCGCGCAUAUACUACAAGCCGAAAACAAGGCAGCGACAACAGAAUAUAAUACAAAGAAUGAAAGGCACAUCCUAAGAUUUGAGUCAGAGGAGUUCAGAAACCAAUACGAAUUAAGAUUUCUAGAACACAUAGGCAAGAAAGUCACAGAAGAAAGAGAAGCUUUGCUGUCAGAAGCUCAUAACAUAGCAACAGAUAUAGACACGUUAAGCAAGGACAGAGACUCCUUGAAACUUGAAUCGAAAAAACUCCGAGCCAAGUGCAAGGCCGCUGAACUCCUGCAAGAACAAUUAAAAGUCGCAAGGAAGCAACGUGAGGAUAUGGCUAAAGAAAAAAUCUAUUUCGAAUCUACAUACCGACGCUCAGAACGUAGUAUUAGGGCCAUAAGUAAGGUUACGGAGGACCUAAAACUUGAAACAGAAAAACUCAGAGCCAAGGUUAAGGACUGUGUUCUAAUGGAAAAGCAAUUGAACACUGUGAAACAGCACUGCGAAGUAAUAAAGAAAGAGAGAAACGCUUCCAUAUUUAGGGCUCAAAAAUUAGCUAGGGACAGAGGAAACAUAAGCAGAGAGAUGGACGCCUUAUAUCAUGAGAGAGGAAAUCUCCUAGCCCAGAUAAAAGACAAAGCACUGCUGCAAAACCAAUUAGACGCUACAAGACUGCUUUGCGACAAAUUCGAAAAAGAAAGAGACUUUUACAAAUUACAAUCGCAAAAGGCAGUAAGGGAAAGAGGCGUCAUGAUUAGAGCUAUAGACGCCCUAAAACUUGAAAAAGAGAAGCUCCUGACUCAGUGCAAAAGGCGUGCUCUUUUGGAAAAGCAAUUGGCUUCUGUAAGCCACGAUUGCGAAAAUAUGGAAAAAGAGCGAAAGGAAUUCGAAUUGAGAGCCAAACGCACAGCAGCAGCUAGGGAUGCCAUGAGAAGGGAGAGGAACUCCCUGAAGCUUGAAGUAGAAACUUCCUAUCCCAGCGUUAAGGCGCUGCUCUUUAGGAAGGGAAAUUAA